AUGGCCGUAGACCUUCGCAAAAGAAUGAUCCCUCCAUUGUCUGAAAAAUGUGUGGGAAAUAUAGUUUGGAUGUCAACUAUGUUCGCUGAUAAGGAGGAAAUGGAGUUGAAAGAUGUAGUAUGCAAAAUAAAAGAAGGAUUGUCUGAAUUUUGUGACGUUUAUCCAAAAUUAUUUGGAGGGAAUAAUUUUUUGUUGUUAUCUGAGUUCAUGAAUAAAGUUAUUAAUCUUAAAUCUAAGAAAAAAGAUGGGAUUGGUUUUAGUAGUUGGUGUAAUUUUCCAAUAUAUGAAGUAGAUUUUGGAUGGGGAAAACCAACAUGGAUUACUACUUGUGGUUGUCCUUGGAAGAAUUUCGUAAUUCUGAUGGAUAGAAAAGAUGGGAACGGGAUUGAUGCGAUUGUGAGCUUGGAAGAGAAUCAUAUGACUAAAUUUGAGCAGGAAUAUGUGAAGCUUCUUCAAUAG